AGCUUUCCAUGACUGCCGAUACCUUGCGUAAUACUCCGAUAGUACUACAACUACAACUACUGCUCGAUCCCUGGAGAAGCUUGUAGAUUGAAGUAGGGGAAAAUUAGAAGAGGGGAACAAAGGAUAACCGCUUGCUUGGGCAAACAUGGCAUCGGAGUUGGUCCUCGGGAGAAUUCAGGCGAUCUGCCGCCUCUCCGGCCAUCGCCAGCUGCAGCUGUUCCAUGGGGAGGGGCUCCGUCGUCUUUCUCCGGCGAGCUAUCAAUCCUUCUGCAGCAGCGCGUGUGGGCAAGUCGACACGACGAUCAAGGAUCAGUAUCGCUUCGAUAGGUUUUCAGAUCCUCAGGUUGCUCAUGAAGAUCGCCAGUUCAUUGAAUUCUUGGACAGGAUGCUGGAUGCAAUCAGAAAUCCUCAGAGCCUUGCACGCAUACAGCGUGAGAAGCUUCCAAAAGAUCUGAAAAUUUUGGACGACGACAUAUGAGUUAAAAGUCUCUUAAACAGGAAUACAUGAAUCAAAAGAAACGUGACGGUUUGUGUAGUAUAAAGUGACCCUGUACUAUUCUUAACUUGAGUUUGUGAUGCUAUUGUUAUGAUCCAGAUUAUGGAUCAGAACAUCGGCCAACUUCAUAUGUAUGUACUUCAAGUACUGUUGCUCUUUACAUGAAAUGUUUAUGAAACAUUGGUACCAAGUGACAGCUAUGCAAGGGGGAAAAACAUGGCCUUGAAA